AUGAAUAAUGAGCUUGGUAGCUACGAAAGCUAUCUUGUUGACGUGUUGAAUGGCUCAGGAAGCUGCUUUGAGGAUGAGCUCGGAAGCUGUCUUGGCGAGCUUAGAAGAUGUCUUGAUAACGAGCUCAAAAACUAUCUUUGUGAGCUUGGAAGUUGUCUUGAUGACGAGUUCGAAAGCUGUUUUGGCAAGCUUGGAAGCUAUCGGAGCGAGCAAAGCUGUGAGCUAGGGAGGCCGUGA